AUGGAGGCAGAAACGAAGAACUCAGAGUCCCUGCGACCGUCAUCACACCAGGGCACCAUCGACACAAUCAACCCCAAUCUAGCUUCAGACUCGGUCAUCUUGGUAGAUUGGGAGAAUGAACAUGAUCCCCAGAAUCCGUUGAACUGGCCACCCGCGAGGAAAUGGGGCAUCAUCAGCACACUAUCUCUAAUGUGUUUCGUAACCCCUCUCGCUUCCUCGAUGCUCGCCCCCGGAGUCCCUCUCAUCCUCAAGGAUUUCCAAGUCAACAAUAACCAGCUCGCUACGUUCGUUGUCUCGGUUUUCGUCCUCGGAUACGCAACAGGUCCCCUGCUUCUGGCGCCCAUGAGUGAGCUGUAUGGGCGGACAAUAGUCUACCAUGUGUGCAACAUCCUCUUCAUCAUCUUCACCAUCGCCUGCGCCGUUUCCCAGGACAUGGGCAUGCUUAUAGCCUUCCGCUUCUUCGCGGGGUUCGCCGGCGUGGCGGCUCUGACAAUCGGCAGCGGAUCGAUUGUAGACCUUAUGCCGCAGGAGCAGAGAGGUCGAGCUAUAGCUUUGUGGUCUCUUGGGCCUCUGAUCGGACCUGUUGUGGGACCUGUCUGUGCCGGAUUCUUCGUGGAAGAGAUUGGUUGGCGCUGGGUAUUCUGGAUCAUUGCCAUCGCCUACGGAGUUGUCACUCUUGUAUCCUUCGCGGUUCUCCGCGAAACCUACCCGCCUACGCUCCUCAAGCGCAAGGCAGCGCGACUCCGAGAGGAGACUGGAAAUCCCAAUUACCGAUCGAAACUCGAAGGCGACGGAUCUCCGAGGGAGAUAUUCGUAACCGCAAUCAUCAGACCAAUGAAGAUGCUCGUCGCCCUGCCACCCGUCACAAUCAUGUGCUGCUACAUCGCCAUUAUUUACGGGAUACUCUACAUCCUCUUCACGACCUUCACCUUCGUAUACGUGGACAUAUACGGCUUCAACUCCCGUGGUGCUGGGUUAUCCUUUAUUGCUGGUGGUGUUGGCAACAUCCUGGGCCUCAUUUUCACCGGCUUCCUCUCCGACCGCAUUAUCCAGAACAAGCAAGCAAAGGGCCUGACGCCCCAGCCAGAGGACCGACUCAACCUUAUCAUAACGGUCCCAGGCGCUCUUCUCCUACCCCUGGGGCUCAUGAUGUACGGUUGGACGGCUGAGAAGCACGUUCAUUGGAUCGCGCCCAUGAUCGGCACCGGACUCCAGGGAUUCGGCAUGAUGGGUCUGUUCAUGAGCGUCCAGGCCUACCUCGUCGACGCGUAUUCCGCGCACGCCGCCUCCGUUACCGCUGCUAAUGCCGUCCUCCGAAGUAUUCUCGGGGCGAUCCUGCCUUUGUUUGGGCUUGAGGUCUAUGAUUCCUUGGGGCUUGGGUGGGGGAAUACUCUUCUCGGGUUGAUACUUCUUGGCAUGGCACCAGUGCCGUGGGCCUUUGGGAAGUUUGGCGACCGGAUAAGGAAUAAUCCCAAGUUCCAACGACCCUUCUAG